GUUCGGGAGGCGGUGCUUCGGCUGCCGCCCCCCCCUCCCCGGCACUGCGGUAAUAUGGCUCCGUAGCGGGUGGCGGGGUCGGCGUUGCUACCGCCAUUAACCCCUGCGCGCCCGGCGGCCCCGGGGCAGUGGAGCGGGGACCCUACGUGAGGAUGAGCUCGGCUGCCGGCACUGCCGCAUUACCACCGGGCUCCGCCGCCCGCGCCCUGCAUGUGGAGCUGCCUUCGCAGCAGCGYCGGCUUCGUCAUCUUCGGAAUAUUGCAGCACGUAACAUUAUCAAUAAGAAUGGUUAUUGCCUCUUGGAUACAUACUUCACUCUUCACUUGUGUGAUAAUGCCAAGAUCUACAAAGAAUUUUAUAAGAGUGAGGUGAUCAAGAAUUCUCUGAAUCCAACAUGGAGGAGUCUGGACUUUGGAAUAAUGCCUGAUCUUCUUGAUACCUCUGUGUCUUGUUUUGUUGUGAGGAUCUGGGGAGGCAAGAAGGAGCACUUUCAGCUUUUGAUUGAAUGGAAGGUCAAUCUAGAUGGGUUAAAGUACUUGGGCCAGCAGAUCCAUGCAAGAAACCCAAAUGAGAUUAUUUUUGGUCUCAAUGAUGGUUAUUAUGGAGCUUCAUUUGAACAGAAGGAUCACUCAGGUACCCUGAAGAACAGCCUUCUCCAGGUGGAUCAGAACUGUGUUCGUAACUCAUAUGAUGUCUUCUCUUUGCUUAGGCUCCACAGAGCUCAGUGUGCAAUUAAACAGACUCAGGUAACUGUUCAGAAAAUAGGAAAGGAGAUUGAAGAGAAGCUGAGAUGUACAUCUACAAGGAAUGAACUGAAAAAGGAGAGUGARUGUUUACAGUUGAAGAUCCUGGUGCUACGUAAUGAACUGGAGAGACAGAAGAAGGCCCUUAGUCAAGAAGCAGCUUUGUUGCAUAAGCAAAAAAGUACUUUGCUWGACAGAGAAAAUGCAUUUGGGACUGAAUACCAGAAACUUGAAGAGCAUAAUGAAUCUCUGCAGGAAUUAAGAAAGGAAUGCACUUCUAAGAGAGAACAGUUUUUGAARACAAAUGCCCAGCAGACUAUUCGAUGCAAGCAGUUGCUGUCGGAGCUAUCCUACAUCUACCCUAUUGAUCUGAAUAACCAAAAGGAUUACUUCGUUUGUGGAGUCAAACUUCCUAAUUCUGAAGACUUUCAAGCAAAAGAUGACGGAAGCACYGCUGUUGCCCUGGGCUAUACUGCUCACCUGGUUUCUAUGAUAUCCUUCUUCUUGCAAGUGCCACUCAGGUAUCCUAUCAUUCACAAGGGCUCCCGUUCUACAAUCAAAGAUAAUAUCAAUGACAAGCUGACUGAGAAAGAGCGAGAAUUUCCUUUAUAUCCAAAAGGAGGAGAGAAGCUUCAGUUUGAAUAUGGAGUUUAUCUUCUCAACAAAAAUAUAGCACAGCUUAGAUAUCAGCAUGGGCUAAGUACUCCAGAUCUAAGGCAAACUCUUCCUAACCUGAAAAACUUCAUGGAGCUUGGGCUAAUGGUUAGAUGCGAUCGACACCAUACAUCCAGUGCAAUUCCUGUUCCAAAGAGACAGAGCUCGAGCUUCGGCAGAUUGGAUAUUGGCUUUUCCAGUGGACUUCCUUCUCCAGAUAAAGGACUCCGAAAAMGAGCCAGCACAGGAAAUGAGAGACUACAGUACAAAACUCCUCCUCCUAGUUACAACUCUGCUUUAACUCAGCCUGUUGCUGUCACAGCUCGUGUUGGAGAGCUGGAUAAAAAAUCUGGCGCCCUAUGUUCUUCCUUGGACACCUCUAUGGAGUCCUCCAAAGGAAAUACCAAGAAAGGCCAGGACUUGUGCAGUAGUUUAAAUGGAGAAAACGGGAACCUAAACAAUACCCAAGACCGGCAGGAAUCUUUCCUGGGACGUUCUAGUGCAAUAAACGGGGCAUUUGUGCCUGACGAAGGCUCUGGCACCACGAGCAAUGAACAGCCCUGUGAGUUUCAGSCCCCGCUCAACCCCGUCCUUUGCUGCACCGUGGAGCAGGCAGAGGAGAUCAUGGGUAUGGAAGCAACAGGGUUCAGCGCAGGAGAUCACCUGGAAGACUUUAACUCCAUCCCAGUGGAGCACGCUGUGGCAGUGGAGUGUGAUGAACAAGUUCUAGGRGAGUUUGAAGAGUUCUCUCGAAGGAUCUAUGCACUGAAUGAGAACAUGUCUAGCUUCCGCAGGCCACGUAAAAGUUCGGACAAGUGAUCUCAGACAGGGAUUUGGUAGCAGACAUUGAGGUGAAAUUAGUGAUCUGAAAUAGAAAUAAAAUUGCACUUAUUCUUUAUAUUAAUUAUAAAAAUAAAAAAGCUAAAGCUGUUCCUGUGGUGUUAGACAAAUGGACUAGCGUGCAAUAACACAGGAUCGUGGUAUAUUCACAGCCCAGGUAAAUUUUCAUUCUGCUUCAAGUCCUUUUAUGUCUGGUAUUUAUCAAUUGUUGGAUGUUUUGUGGGUUUUUUUGUUCUUUGGCAUUGGAAUCCAUUUAUAAAGGCUYUUCCUGAAAACAUCUUCUAGUGCUGAUCAGCCCCUUCUAUGAAUGUUUGUUAAGUUCUUAAUUAUUAUUUAGAGUUAAAUUUGUUUUAGACUUUUCAGAAGAAAAAAAAACCUUUAAUUUAAAAUACUUUUAUGGUAAGAUGUUAUUACCUUCUCCCAUCUACUCCUGUGUUUGCUUGAGCAAUGUAGUCUGUAUUAGAAAAAUACCAUGAAUUUGUUACAAUUGGUCAACUUUUUCUUGGCUGUGCUCUGUAGCCUUUGAAGUUCUAGUUUGCACUGAGGAGUCUUCAGUUGCCAGUGUGAACUUGCCAGAGAAUGUGUGAUAUCUGCAGUUUUCUUGCUAAUCAGAAAUUACAUUUGGGGGUUUUUCCACUGCUCCUUUCCUCCAUACUUGUGUUUCCUAUCACUGGAAACCUUGAGGAGUAAAAUCACCUCUAAGGUUCUGUAUAAUAAUCUCAGCCUGACCAUUUCCCACUUAGGUCGGGCACAGACCUCCUUAGUAGAAACUUAAUGAACCCAGUACCAGCAUGGGGUUCAUCUGUCACCCUCCAAGGUGUGCAGUGGGGAUMGUGUACCCUGAGACACUUCAGACAUCUUCCAGAAAACUGAGACUGGGAAUGAAAACAGCACUUUGGAAUUAGGUGAAUGUGUAGAAUUCMUCCACCCUCUGUAAAAAGGAGGCAUUUAACAUUAUUCAUUGGAGUUCAUAUUUUUGUUUAACCAUUGAUACUUUGAGGGAAGAAACUUCCAGCAGUCUGCUGGAGGUGCAGUUUGYUGUUGGGUAGAUUACCACUGUCACAUGUGUUCAGCUGCACUAAUGGGAAAGCAGUCUGCAGCCUGCUUUGUGAUUCCUGGUAUUUGUUUCAGUUUGGAUUUCAUUGCUCUUGAUUUCUAUAUUGUAUACCCAAGAAUCUGGGCUCAGCUGUGAGCUCUGAAAUAURAAAAUAUAAAGCAGAAUAAAAAUACUUCAUCAUGCCUGGCUAUUUUUUCCUUCCCUGGUUUAUGUUUUCUUGUUAGCCCACAAUCUAGCCUGCAAUCUAAAUUUACCAUAAGGCUAGCCGAAAUUAAAUUUUUAAAAAUGUGGGUAUGUAURAUCUCAGUUUUCUGUUGUCAAAACAAGAUGUGUAUGUGAGAAGAGGUUUACUAGCACUAUUUUAGAAUAUGCAUUUUUCAGGCAACGCCUUAAUGAUUGUAUUAAAAUAUAUUCACGUUUCUUCUGUUAGCUUUUAACGAUUGUGUCUGCAGUUGAGUGUUUGGAUCAAGCCUCUCUACAGCAGUUUGUUGGCUUUGGUCUGUCCCAGGGUGAUGUGCUAGAGGAGAGCACCAGAGACCUUGAUUCUUUGAGACACUGAACGUGAUUUCAGGUGCAAAGUUGGAAUAUCCAUGAGUAUCUUUUCCCCUGAAUUAGCUCCUCUGUUCCAACUUCAUGAAGACUUCAUCAAAGAAAGUGCUAAAGCAUCUUGAAGCACUGCAGCAGCUUGAAGCACUGCCAUCAUGUUUGGGGGGGAUUAGGUAGGAAUCUCUUGUUUUGUUUUGGCCUAGAGAGGGAGAAAUAGACACCUGAAAGUACAGCACUUAGUAGUGAUGAGCAUAAGAUAUUCUGUCCUAGGCCCUGUACCAUCUUCUGAUACCAGUGUAAUUUCAGCUGAAAUUCAGUAACUUUGGGUCAAUUUUGCACCCUGUGGGAUGGGAUCUGGCACACUYGAGGCAGCACAGACCUGUUUGUACACACACUCUUGUUCUUGUUUAUGUAUAACAUAGAGGCACUAGCUUAUGUGUGGUGGUGACUUUUCAAAGCAACCCAAAGAGUAGUGAAGUCACUGUGUUUUGCAGGUGAACAAGGAGCGUCUUGGCACAAUUAAGCAACACGUGAAAUUAGGUUUGUAGAGCAUCAGUGGGACUUAAUUUUUUUUUCAUUAGUAGCUUAUUUUCUCAAGUUGCACAAACCAAAUGAAGUCUAGUUCUUCUCCCCAAUGUUGUGUUGCUGUUCCCCUUUAAGCCCUGUAAUUGUUAAUGUGUCAAACAUCUCAGUUGAUUUUUGCAUCUGUUGCACAAAGCUGCUCAGAUGGGCACUCUAUGGAUGUAUCUUUAGUUAGCCUUAAAUUAUCCCUGUGUUUCUCUUCCACUUCUACCACUUUCCAUGUUGCAGGUGGUGUGAGGUGGGACAGCAUCACAGGGCUAAUGAAGCAUUGACCARCUCCUCGUGGCUGUGAGGAUUGUACAGACUGCAGCCAUCUCAUAACUUUCUCCUUUUGGUGUUUAUUUUUUUUCCACCCCCUGUAAAUUACUUUGGAAAUGGUGUAAUGGAAGAGAAACAAACUAGGUUUGAGGGUGAGAUGAUAAUCACAGUGUGCUUUCAAUUUUCAAGAGCCUUUCAGCUCCUGCACAGCUGUGACACUCUUAAAUGCCUGCAACUGUCUUCAAAUGGAUAAAGCAUUUCAUUGCAAUCUUUCCCCCUCAUUUGAAAUUACUAAGACUUUUGAGCAUAUUAGUUUUGGAAGAUCAGAUCCCACUAUAUUUUUMUAGCAAGCACAACAGCAUUGACUUAUCCUUGCUUGAGCAGGUAUUAAAAAUAAGCAAGACCAGAAUAUCCCGUAGUAAAUGACACAUUAAAGCUAUGUUGGCAAUUGCAGGAAAGCUCAUCUGUCUUUAUAAAAUAAAACUGAUUUCGUAUCUCUCAACUUGUGUGU